GUGCACGAGCGAGUGAGUAGAGUUUCUUUUCUGUUGGAGUUAGAGAGUCAGAGAGAGCGCGUGGCGCACCGGAACAACCUCAACAUGGUGCUGCUACGCGUGUUGUUUGAGCACGCCGCCGGAUAUGCGCUGUUCGCCGUGAGGGAGGUGGAGGAGAUCGGCAUGCUGCUGCCUCAGGUAGAGGAAAGCGUCCUGAACAUCGGGAAAUUCAGUAGCGUGGUGAAAUUGGCAGCUUUCUUCCCCUUUAAGUCUGCUCAGGCCGCCCUGGAAAACAUAAAUGCCAUUUCAGAAGGAGUCGUCCAUGCUGAUCUUAAGCUGUUUUUGGAGACUAAUUUGCCUUCAGGAGGCAAAAAGAAGGCAGUGUUAGGGGUGGCUGAUGGCAAGAUCGGAGCAGCUCUGCAGGAGGAGCUGGACAUGUCCAUCCAGACCGGAGGGGUGGUGGCGGAGAUCCUCAGAGGUGUCCGUUUGCACUUUCACGCUCUAGUCAAGGGCCUCACGGCUCAGGCUGCGUCCAAAGCACAGCUCGGUCUGGGUCACAGUUACUCACGGGCUAAGGUCAAGUUCAACGUCAAUAGAGCUGACAACAUGAUCAUCCAGUCCAUCGCCCUGCUCGAUCAGCUGGACAAGGACAUCAACACAUUCUCCAUGCGUGUUCGUGAGUGGUAUGGCUACCACUUUCCUGAGCUGAUCAAGAUAGUAAGCGACAACGCUACAUACUGCAAGCUGGCCAAGUUUAUCGGGAACAGGAAGGAGUUGAGCGAGGAGAGCUUGGAGCCUCUGGAGGAGAUCACAAUGGACAGCGCUAAAGCCCAGGCGAUCCUGGAAGCGUCCCGCUCGUCUAUGGGAAUGGACAUCUCCCCCAUCGACUUGAUCAACAUCGAGAGUUUCUCCAACAGAGUCGUGUCCCUCACGGCUUACAGACAGGAGCUGCAGGAGUACCUGCGCUCCAAAAUGUCUCAGGUGGCCCCCAAUCUGGCAGCCCUCAUCGGUGAAGUGGUUGGCGCUCGUCUCAUCUCCCACGCUGGAAGCCUGACUAACCUGGCCAAGUAUCCGGCCUCUACAGUGCAGAUCCUCGGAGCAGAGAAGGCCCUGUUCAGGGCACUGAAGACGAGAGGAAACACCCCAAAGUACGGUCUGAUUUUCCACUCCACCUUCAUUGGCCGCGCGGCUGCCAAAAACAAGGGCCGCAUCUCCCGUUACCUCGCUAAUAAGUGCACCAUCGCCUCUCGGAUCGACUGCUUCGCUGAGGUUCCUACUAGUGUGUUCGGAGAUAAACUGAGAGACCAGGUGGAAGAACGGCUAGCGUUUUACGAGACCGGUGAGACGCCAAGGAAGAACCUGGAUGUCAUGAAAGAGGCGGUGGCUCAGGCUGGUGAAGUGGCUGCAGAGAUCAAGCGCAAACUUGAGAAGAAAGAGAAGAAGAAAAAGAAGCGCGAGAAGAGAAAACUGGAAGCUCUGUCCGCAGUCGAGGGAGAAGACGAAGUGGUUGAAGCCAAGAAGAUCAAAUCUGACAGAGAUGCCGAGACGCAAGAAAACGGAGAAGCUGAGGUGACCGUCAAGAAGAAGAAGAAAAAGAAGGAAGUUAAGGAGGAAGAAGAGGUGGAUGUGAAGGAGGAAGAAGAAGAGGUGAUGACAAACGGUGUGGAAGAGGAAGCUUCUCUGAAAAAGAAAAAGAAACGAAAGAGCAAGCCUGUCACACCUGAGCCCGAGGUGAAGGAGGAAGCAGAUGCGGCUCCUGAGCAGACUGAAAAGAAAAAGAAGAAAAAGAAAAAGGCAGCAGAUGAAUAAGGAUCCAACCUUUAAUGAUCAGUGGCUUUUUUUUUUUUUAAAUGGGGGGAGGAGAGAUGAGAACUCCUGUCCAGACUGUACUGCAAAAUAUUUUGCUUCUUAAUCCCCCCCAACUUUAAGACUGUGUGCAUUUGAGUGAGUGCUGUCCCUCGAGUACGAAUCAGUCUGCCCAUUUCAGUAGUGCACUGCUCAUGUAAGUGUUGUAUUGUCCAUGCUUUCUGUGAAUAAUCUGUAUUCUAACAAAAAAAGGCAUCAGUAAACGGUCCAUAAUGAAAAUGCAUGCUCAGAGCCUUCAGUUAUAGAAAUCCAUCUUGCUUUUUGUUGGUCUGAGUGUAAAGACCACUGCAGCUCUUUGAAUCACCAGUGUUUAAUGGCCUUGUGUAUCAUUUUUAGAUGAAUAAAACCUGUACAGUUUUCCACACCUGAAA